AUGCAAGAAGCUCCGCCGUCGCCGCUACUGGCGACAUAUCUCUCGUUUGGACUUUAUUUUGGAACACUGCUUUUCGCACUCGCAACAUGUCUCGCUCGAGCCAUGAGCUUCCCUGUAACGUUGAAAUCUGGAGUUUACUUGUUGAUAGCAUCUGCAUCGGCAAACAUCACAUGGCUCGAGAUUAUAAGGUGGAUGGAAUCUCUACUCGCUGACUACCAGGCCAAAACAGGUGGUAGUUUCACGGAUUGGAUGCAAAGAGUGGAUAUUUUCGAUGCUGCUUAUGCGCUGGUUGUCAAUACAACCGAGAAAUGGUGGUGGUCAUCGCAACAUUUACUAUUCACAGUCUCUGUGAUGAUAUUUUUCUGGAGAGAAGGGAUCCAUCGUGCUCUAUCAUAUCCAUUCAUUCCGGUGUCGAAGGAAGCAGCUGAGAUAGCAUUACCUCGAAGCAAACGUAGUAGUAAAAAAGCAGAGCCUGCACCAGCCGUAACUGGUGAACGGCUCUCCAUCUGGUUUGCAAACACGUUUGUCUUUGUAUUAUUGGGCUUCCUCGGGGCUAUAUCGACAUGCUUGGCUCUGUUUCUCAUUCAACAUAAUCCAAGCCUAAAGUCUCACACACUACGAAUCAAAGACGUACAACCAACUGCAGCUCUAAAUACCUUCAUUCUAAUGUCAGUCACGUCUAUAGCUGCAACAAUCAUAUUGGAACCAGGUACCUUUGCCUUUUUUUGGAAUCUGCGGGCGCUGCAUCUCUUUUUGAUCCUGCCCAUCAUCCUGGAUUCAGGAACCAGCUGGUUCAAGGUCCUUAGAUCACCAUUAUCACCACCAUCAGUCGAUGACGAGACUACCAAAACACCUGUAAAGCAAAACAGGCUGAGUAAAAGCAAGAAGCCUGGUAAACCACGUAGGAAAUGGGAGGUUAAGGACUUGUACAAUUUAGUAGGAUUCAUGAGCCUCGUGUCACAUCUCACUUUAACCGCCUUCUACUUUGCUCGUUACGGCGGAACUGUGACCGAACUGAUACGAGCUGUAUUUGACAAUCAUUGCCAGACGUCAAUCACAGCUGAUUACUUAUUCGCAAUGGUAGCUGUAGUCGUAUUCAUGAUUACAGAGACUCGCAGACUCAGCAUAAAUGGCGGGCUAGUGUUUUGGAUGAUGCUCUCCAUGCCUUUACUCAGUUCAUCAUCGAUUUUCCCAUUCUAUCUUGCAUUAAGGGAAACUGCAAUGCUCCAACAGAUUUCAGAGGAGGCUGAUGAAAAGCGCAAGUAG